CCUGACAGUCGCAGAUGAGGGCACACACCGAACCACUAACAACAACAUGAAACGGAAGGAAACGGGCGAUACCGGAGAGAAGUACUUCAGUCAGCUUUCUGCACGCGUUUCCCCUGCAGUGAAAAACGUGGGGGCUUCGUGCUUCAGUAAACAGAAGCGGAGUUAUUAGUUGUUUACUAAAACGCUGCUUGCCAACACCGCCCUCCUCAUUCAGGCUUUGGUCUUCACAUGCCACUAUGAAGUACAUCCUGGUCACCGGUGGUGUCAUAUCUGGUAUCGGUAAGGGGAUCAUUGCCAGCAGCGUGGGAACAAUCCUUAAGUCCUGCGGUCUUCAUGUCACAGCCAUCAAAAUCGACCCGUAUAUUAAUAUUGACGCUGGGACCUUUUCGCCUUAUGAACAUGGUGAAGUUUUUGUUCUCGAUGACGGCGGGGAGGUAGAUCUGGACUUGGGGAAUUAUGAGCGUUUCCUGGACAUCCGCCUGACCAGAGACAACAACCUAACCACUGGGAAGAUCUACCAGUCAGUCAUUAACAAGGAAAGGAGAGGAGACUACCUGGGCAAGACUGUACAGGUGGUACCCCACAUCACAGAUGCCAUCCAAGAGUGGGUGAUGAAGCAGGCCAAGAUCUCGGUAGACGAUGAUGGUGUGGAGCCUGAAGUUUGUGUCAUUGAGCUGGGAGGCACAGUGGGGGACAUCGAGAGCAUGCCCUUUAUCGAGGCCUUCAGACAGUUCCAGUUCAAGGUGAAGAGGGAGAACUUCUGCAACAUCCAUGUCAGCUUGGUACCACAGCCCAAGGCCACAGGAGAGCAAAAAACCAAACCAACCCAAAACAGUGUCCGAGAGCUCAGAGGCCUGGGCUUGUCUCCAGAUUUGAUUAUGUGCCGCUGUUCAAUGCCCUUAGAAACGACUGUCAAGGAGAAGAUAUCCAUGUUCUGUCAUGUGGAGCCCUCUCAGGUGAUCUGUGUCCAAGAUGUCUCCACAGUCUACAGAGUGCCCCUGCUGCUUGAGGACCAGGGUCUUGUGAAGUACUUCUGUCAACGGCUGAACCUGCCUGUCAUGAUGAAGCCCAAGAAGAUGCUCACAAAGUGGAAACAGAUGGCUGACAGAUCUGACCGUCUCUUGGAGAAUGUUUCCAUAGCCCUGGUGGGGAAAUACACAAAGUUAGCUGACUCCUACACCUCUGUUAUCAAAGCCCUAGAGCACUCAGCCCUCGCCAUAAAUCACAAGCUAGAGGUCAAGUACAUAGACUCUGCAGAACUGGAGCCUAGCACUCUGAAAGAUGAGCCAGUGAAAUAUCAUGCAGCCUGGCAAAACCUCUGCAGUUCUAAAGGUGUGUUGGUACCAGGAGGCUUCGGUGCGAGAGGGACAGAGGGCAAGAUGCUUGCUAUUAAUUGGGCUAGAAAACAGAAUAAGCCAUUUCUGGGCGUGUGUUUGGGCAUGCAGCUGGCGGUGUGCGAGUUUGCUCGCAAUGUUCUCGGAUGGGAAGAUGCCAACUCCACAGAAUUUAAUCCCGAUUCACAAUACCCUGUGGUUAUUGAUAUGCCAGAGCACAACCCAGGGCAGAUGGGUGGGACUAUGAGGUUGGGGAAGAGACGGACUAUUUUCAAAUCCAUCCCCAGUGUACUGAAAAAACUGUACGGAGAUGUGGCAUACGUUGACGAGAGGCACAGACACAGAUUUGAGGUGAACCCUGAGCUGAAAGACCACUUUGAAACAAAGGGUCUUCGGUUUGUUGGCCAGGAUGUAGAAGGAGAGAGAAUGGAGAUCAUUGAAUUGGACGAUCAUUGUUACUUUGUUGGAGUGCAAUACCAUCCAGAAUUCAACUCCAGGCCUAUCAAACCUUCUCCUCCAUAUUUCGGUCUCCUGCUGGCUGCUGCAGGAAAACUCCAGGGCUACUUGAACAAAGGCUGUUGCCUUUCUCCACGGGACACUUACAGCUGCAGCAGCGGCAGCAGCUCUCCUGAAACGGAUAUCUGCGAGCUGAAGUUCCCCGCUUUGUCCGGAGACUAAAGCACAUAGUUGUGUUUGUGUUUGUGCACAUGUGCAGGUAAAUGCAAGGCCCAGAAAAAGAAACUGAUCUACUGACAAGUCAAUCUUUUUUUUUAUUAUUUAGCCGUUUUUACACUCUGUUUGGUACUAAAUGUUGUUUGUUUGUAGUUUAUACUGAGAAUAUAUUUUGCCUUCGGAGAUUGUAUGAAAGGUAAACGGCCGUGUUGUGGUUAGCUCCAUGGAGCUUUAGAGUUGCUGCAGUGAGCAAAAAACAGAAAAGUGUUUAUGAGGCAAAUGUAAGAAAAGGACACUGUGGAAUAACUGUGCAGAAAACGUUUGCUGAAUGAAAAAAAAUGGAAUAGGGUAAGACAUCGGCCUAUCAUAAUAUCGUAUGUCUUGCAACUUUAAUAUCAUGGUACUCGGGUUGUGAGGAGAUGGAGGGCUUAUUUUGCUGUUAGAUAUUGAGACUCUCAGAAUAAGCAGACCUGUUUGCAGGAAGCAUCAGCGGCAAAGGGUGAAGGUCAGAGUCAGGGUCUGUGCAAUCAGGUUUCCUGUCUUCCUGCAAAUUAAUCCAAUCUAAAGGAUGAAAUCACUGAUAAGAAACAGGACUAAGAAUGCAGUGACUUACCGGUUUCAUUAUUAAAUGUUGGGGCAAGGUUUUGUAAACAUAAAGGUUGCUGAGUUGGAUCUUUUAGUGCAGUGUAAACAAAUGGCAACAAAGUGGGAAAAGGAUCAUUGCACUAUGCUCACCAAAACAGACUGUACACCCCUCAGGUGCAUAACCCCUGCAUAAGAGAUGCUGGCAGUUUUAUUUUUUCAUUUUUACUAAAAUUGUAAACACAGAAAAAGGUUUGUGUGAUUUUAUACAUCCAUAGUGUUGUGAAAUAUAUUCAUGCAUUAUAAUUGUGAAAAUGGGAUUUUUCCUUCAGGUUCUGUCUACCAUCAAAAUCUGUAAUCAUGAUUUGAUACAUUUGUUUGUCUUUUUUGCCUGUGUAUUGCAUGUUUGUCAUUGUCUUUUAUAGGUUUAUUUUAUUAGUGUAUGUCUCCUUAUAGGUUUUAAUAUGACUUUGCAUAUGAAAAUACUCAUUCAGGGUUACAACACUAAAGUGUAAACUACAGGUUAUUCUGGUUUCAAAUAAUCUUAUACUGUUACAUGGAAUAAUGCAUGCUAAUCUGUACGUGAAAUUAACCUGGACAGCAAAGUUGUGCUUUUGUGACUCUGGGGUAUAUAUGAAAUAUUCUGUCCUAACAACAUGACUUGUUUAUUUAAUAUCAAGGACAAUGGGUUUAAAUUCUGCAUGAGAGUUGUACUAGGCAAACUUGCACUUUUGGAUGUUUAGGUUUUUUCUGCCUUUUUAAACCAGAACUCACCAGUUUAGGUUGCAUGACUUUUAUGUUUGAGACCUUUUUCCUGCUGACAUCGACAAACGGUUUUGAAGUCCAUUGCCUUUUACUGCCAUAUCUGACCCAGAACUUCCUAAAACGGAUUUUGCUGACGCACAGUCAUCUGACAAUCCAGUCAGUUGAUGUGUCUCUUGAUCAACAGUAUUAAUUGAAAAAGAAAGCUUGCCAUAUGAAAAGUAAUUCAGUCUUCAAAGCUGAAACUUGGAUCUCAUUUCAAAACAACAGUAGCAGUCAACUGUAGAUGACACGGUUCAAAGUUACAUUUUCACUUGUAGUCUUGUCAAACUGAGUGAUAUUAAAUAAUGACAAUGUUUUCAUUUAUAUGUUGGUGACUCAUAUGUAUUGGGGAUAAAAAACACAUUUUAUAUUUAUAAAGUUCAGAUGCAUGUAUGAUGUGCUAUAUGUAUUUAUUCUGAAUAAAUCUAUUUUUAUUCACAGUGA